GCCGUGACAGCAAAAAGUCCAGAGGGUAUUAACCUCUAUGCUCGCUUCGCUCUUGCUGGCGCAUUGGGCUGCUCCAUCACACAUGGAGGUUUCACUCCCGUCGAUACCAAGAUCCAGCUUGAUCCCGCGACUUACAACCGCGGCACUAUCGCUACCUUCCGUCAAGUCAUCGCCAAUGAAGGUGCCGGAGCUCUCUUGACCGGUGUCGGUCCUACCUUUGCUGGUUACUUCGUACAGGGCGCCUUCAAGUUUGGAGGUUACGAGUUCUUCAAGAAGCAGUCGAUCGACUACCUCGGUCUCGAGACUGCAAGAGCCAACCGUGGUUUGGUGUACGCUGUCUCCGCUGCUAGUGCCGAGUUCUUCGCUUCAGUCGCCUUGUGUCCUCUAGAAGCUACCCGAAUCCGUCUCGUCUCUACUCCCGGAUUUGCCAAUGGUUUGGUCGGUGGUUUCAGCAGAAUCCUGAGAACCGAGGGUGUUGGCUCUUUCUACUCAGGGNUUCCCUACACCGUCACCAAAUUCCUCGCAUUCGAAAAGUUCUCCGAAGCCAUCUUCGCAACAAUGGGCGACAAGUCCACCAUGAGCUCCGGCACCGUCACAAGUGUGAACCUCGGUUCUGGUCUCCUUGCCGGUUUCGCCGCCGCCAUCGUCUCUCAACCUGCCGAUACCAUGCUCUCCAAGAUCAACAAGACUAAGGGCUUGCCUGGUGAGAGCACCGCCUCGCGUCUCGUCAAGAUUGCUGGUGAAUUGGGUCUUCGUGGUUCUUUCGCUGGUCUGCCUACAAGAUUGUUCAUGGUUGGUGGUUUGACUGCUGGUCAAUUCGCCAUCUACGGUGACAUCAAGAAGGCUCUUGGUGCUACCAACGGUGUCGAGAUUGCAAAGUAG